AGGAGUCACGGUUCAUGUUGGGGCGGGGCCUGAAGCAGAGCCCCGACUUCCUGCGCUGCUUCCUUGUUUUGCCAAGUUAGCAAAAGUUUCCUCGAAGUGUUCGCUGGUUGGUUGGACGGCACCUGAGCCGGAGGCGGCGCUGCAAUGCUGUGUGUGGGAGUGUAGGGAGAGGGGAUCUGAGCUGCAGCUUGGGCUCAGUGGAGACAUCUGAUUGGCAGGACGAUGAAGAAGCCAGACCUGAAGGUGGUCCUCCUGGGGGACAUGAAUGUGGGGAAGACCUCCUUACUACACAGGUACAUGGAGAGGAAGUUCCAGGAAACAGUCAGCACUGUGGGGGGAGCCUUCUACCUCAAACAGUGGGGACCCUACAACAUCUCCAUCUGGGAUACUGCAGGAAGGGAACAGUUUCAUGGCCUGGGCUCUAUGUAUUGUAGAUCGGCCUCUGCCAUUAUCCUAACCUACGAAGUUGGCAAUAUGCAGAGCCUUCUGGAGCUUGAAGAACGCUUCCUAGGCCUCACUGACACAGCCAACAGCGAUUGCCUUUUUGUUGUGGUGGGAAAUAAGGUUGACCUGACUGAUGGCUCUGAAGGAGAAGAAGUAAAAUCUGAGGAUGAAAGGCCUCGCACCUCUAGUACUUCAAAAGUUCGUAGACAGGUGAACAUAGAAGAUGCCCAUGCCCUAUACAAACGCAUAAUGAAAUACAGAAUGGUGGAUGACAGCUGCGCACCUGCCGCAGAGAAGAUGUGUUUCGAAACCAGUGCAAAGACUGGACACAAUGUCGAUCUGCUAUUUGAAAGUGUUUUCAACAUGGUUAUACCAUUGAUUUUGAAGAAGAGAGAAAAUGGACCAGAUGGCACUGUCAAUCUUUCACAGAACAAUACCGAGAAACAGUCCAAAAGUGGCUGCUGUUAAGUGUUUAUAUUAAGGUUGCACCAAUACCGCUUUUUUAUCGGCAAGUACGAGUACCGAUUAUUUUUGGUUACAUACUCGUCAAUACCGAGAACGAUACUUUGCAUCAAUAGAAAAAAUGUUGGCGCAAAUCUCACUGUAAAGAAUCACAUUCAAUUUGAACAGGAAU